AUGGCUGCCCCGGCCGACGACCGUCAUGACCUCCCUCAGCCCGUCAUGACGGCUCCCGACGACGAGUCCCGUCGCCGAUACCCUCAGCAUGGCCAGACACCCUCCGAGGCGACCUCGGCCAACACCUAUCAGCAGCAGCAGCCGCCGCCGCCGCUGCGGGCCGACGACGGUCCCUCCCAGUCCACCGAGCGCCUAUCCGCUCACCCCGACUCCGCCCCCGCUGCGUCCCCCGUCCGCGCCGACAGGACGGGCGCCGCCGCCUCGUCGGUUCGCGAGCGAUUCGCCGCCUCCAUGGAGAGGCGGAAGCGGCGCAAGAUGGCCAGGAAGAUGCGCAGGCCUACCGCCGCCACCACCUUCGUCGACAGGCUGCGGCGCAGCCUGGCCGCCCUGUACCAGCUCGUCGUCAUCCAGACCAUCCUGCGCCGCAGACCCCUGCCGGCCUCCGAGCACGGUCGCGUCGUGCCUCUCAACCCCGAUCCCUCCGAAGUCGGCCCCAGGGGGCUGCUCGACGAGCGUCGCGGCCACAACAAGCCGUUCAUCAGCAACUUCAUCCGUUCCAGCCGCUACACCCUGUGGACCUUCGUCCCCUCCCAGCUCGUCUUCCAGUUCAGCAAGCUCGGCAACUUCUACUUCCUCGUCGUCGGCAUCAUCCAGCUGGUCCCCGGCCUGAGCACCGUCGGCCGGUGGACCACCAUCGCCCCCCUAGGCGUCUUCGUCGCCCUCAGCAUGGCCAAGGAAGGGUACGACGACUGGAGGAGGUACCAGCUCGACAAGUCCGAGAACCGCAGCCCGGCCUGGGUCCUGUCCGGCGGUGUGCGGCAGAACCCGCAGAACCGACCGACAAAGUUCCACGGCAAGGCCUGGCAGGACGACGCCGCCGCCGCCGAUGCCGCCAAGGCGAGCCAGGCCGAGGAGGGAGCCGCCGCCGCCGCCGCUCCCGCCCACCAUCAGCAUCACCACCGCAACUGGCUCAGGAUCCAGUGGCAGCACGUCCAGGUCGGCGACGUCGUCCGCCUGCACCGGGACGACCCCAUCCCCGCCGACAUCGCCCUCCUGCACGCCACCGGACCCAACGGCAUCGCCUACAUCGACACCAUGGCCCUGGACGGCGAGACCAACCUGAAGAGCAAGCAGGCCUGCCCCCUCUUCCUCGACCGGUGCGCCACCAUGGACGGGCUCAGGUCGACCAAGGCCACCGUCGUGUCCGAGGACCCCAACAUCGACCUGUACAGCUACGAGGGGAAGGCCACCGUCGACGGCGAGACGCUGCCGCUGACCAUGAACAACGUCGUCUACCGGGGAUCGACCCUGCGCAACACCACCAUGGCCAUCGGCCUCGUCAUCAACUCGGGCGAGGAGUGCAAGAUCCGCAUGAACGCCAACAAGGACGCCAAGGCCAAGAAGCCGCGCAUGCAGUCGUCGGUCAACCGGAUGAUACUCGUCCAGAUCGUCUUCAUGCUCGCCCUCUCCGCCGGCCUCACCGGCGGCUACUACCUGUGGAAGGAUCCGACCGAGGACCGCUCGUUCUACCUCGACGACGCCAGCGUCUCGUUCGGCCGCAUCUUCUUCGGCUACAUCGUCAUGUUCAACGUCCUCAUCCCCAUCUCGCUCUACAUCAGCCUCGAGAUCGUCAAGGUCGGCCAGUACCUCCUCCUGCAGGACGCCGACAUGUACGAUCCCAUCUCCGACACCCCCGCCGUCGUCAACACCACCACCAUACUCGAGAACCUGGGCCAGGUCGAGUACGUCUUCUCCGACAAGACCGGCACCCUGACCGAGAACGUCAUGCGCUUCCGCAAGAUGAGCGUCGUCGGCCUGCCCUUCCUGCACGACAUGAACGAGAGGAGGGACCGGGAGGCCAGGCAGAGGCAGAUCGAGUCGACCCAGCGCCCCCGCGACCGCUACGACCUGACCACCUGGAAGGGGCGCAGCAUGGCCGCCAUCUCCUGGACCGUCCACAAGAUCGACCGCAUCAUCCAGGAGAAGGGCUACGACGAGCGCGUCAAGGAGGAGGCCCAGCGAGCCGCCGCCGCCGCCGCCGCCACCGCCACCGAGGAAGAGGAGGACGCCAUCGCGCGGGCCGACAGCCGUCCGUCCGACGGUACACCCGGUGCACCCGCUCCCGAACCCCAGCUCAGGACCGAGGACCUGCUCGACAUCCUGCAGCGCAAGCCCAACUCGCCCUUCGCCCGCAAGGCCAAGCACUUCCUCCUCUGCAUCGCCCUCUGCCACACCUGCCUCCCCGAGCUGAAGGAGGACGGCCGGCUCGAGUACCAGGCCGCCAACCCGGACGAGCUCGCCCUGGUCGAGGCCGCCCGCGACCUGGGCCUCAUCGUCGUCGACCGGCCCGUCAACGCCAUCAAGCUGCAGACCACCGACCCGGACACGGGCGCCACCAAGGUGGAGACGUACGAGGUGCUCGACGUCAUCGAGUUCAGCAGCAAGCGCAAGCGCAUGUCCAUCAUCGUCCGCAUGCCCGACGGCCGCAUCUGCGUCAUCUGCAAGGGCGCCGACAACGUCAUCCGCGAGCGGCUCAAGCUGCGGAGCAUUGCCGAGCAGAAGGCCGAAGACGUCAGCCGCGCCGCCGACCUGCGCAGGAGCGUCGAGCAGGAGAGGGCGCUCCAGCGACGCAGCUUCCAGGGCGCCGCCGCCGGCGACGGCGGGCUCGGAUCCGCCUCCAGGAGGAGCAGCCUGGCCCUCAGCCGCCGCAACUCGUACAACCCCUACGACGGCAGGAGGCUCGCCGGCGGCCCGCGGCUCUCGUCCGACAUGAUGAGGCUCUCCAGGCCGGACGACCUCGCGGCCUGGGUGAGGAUGCGCGAAGACGACGGCGCCGCCGAGCGGAGCGGCAGCCCGCGCGCAUCCCUAGACGUCCGCGGCCGCAGCCCCCGCGCGUCGGUGGACGUGCGCGGAGGCGCGGGCUCGCGGGGAGUUUCCAGGUCCCCGGCCCUCUCCCGCCAGAACAGCAUCGACCAGACGGUCGACGAGAGCGCCAUCCUGUCGGACGGGGCCGUAUUCGAGCGGUGCUUCCAGCAGGUGGACGACUUCGCCAGCGAGGGGCUGCGCACGCUGCUCUACGGGUUCCGGUACGUCGACGAGCCGUCGUACGCGGAGUGGAAGGAGGUCUACCACGAGGCCGAGACGAGCCUGGUGGACCGGCGGGCGCGCAUGGAGGAGGCCAGCGACCUGAUCGAGCAGAACCUCGACCUCGUCGGCGCCACGGCCAUCGAGGACAAGCUCCAGGACGGCGUCCCGGACACGAUCGACAAGCUGCGCCGGGCGAACAUCAAGGUCUGGAUGCUGACGGGCGACAAGCGCGAGACGGCCAUCAACAUCGCGCACUCGGCCCGGCUCUGCAAGCCGUACUCGUCCAUCUUCAUCCUGGACGCCGCGGCGCCGACCGACCUCGAGUCCUCGCUCAGGGACGUGGUCGAGCAGCUCCGACGGGGCGAGGGCAGCAUCCCGCACAGCGUCCUGGUGGUGGACGGGCAGACGCUGGCGGCCAUCGACGAGAGCGAGAGCAUGUCGCCCCUGUUCUACGAGCUGGUGGUGCUCGUGUCGUCGGUCAUCUGCUGCCGGGCGUCGCCGUCGCAGAAGGCGGACCUGGUCCAGUCGAUCCGGACGCACGUGCCGGACACGAUGACGCUGGCGGUCGGCGACGGCGCCAACGACAUCGGCAUGAUACUCGCCUCGCAGGUGGGCAUCGGCAUCUCCGGGCGCGAGGGGCUGCAGGCGGCGCGCAUCUCGGACUUCUCCGUCGCGCAGUUCCGCUUCCUGCAGAAGCUGAUACUGGUGCACGGACGGUGGAACUACCUCCGGACGGGACGGUACAUCCUCGCCACCUUCUGGAAGGAGACCUUCUUCUACCUGGUGCAGGCGCACUUCCAGCGGUACAACGGCUACACCGGCACGUCGCUCUACGAGUCGUGGAGCCUGACCGUCUUCAACGUCCUGUUCACGUCGCUGGCCGUCAUCGUCCCGGGCAUCUUCGAGCAGGACCUCUCGGCCGACACGCUCCUGAGCGUGCCGGAGCUGUACACCUUUGGCCAGAAGAACCUGGGCUUCAACCCGGGCAUGUACCUAGGCUGGGUAGUCAUGGGAUGCCUGGGUAGCGUCAUCAGCUGGUAUCCUACCUGGACGUUUUACAAGAAGAUGCGGUCUACGGACGAUACCAGCCUCUAUGCUAUGGGGGCUGUCUGCUUUACCGUCGGUGUCAUGUUUAUUAACAUUAAGCUGAUGCUCCUUGAAAUGCAUACAAAAACCGCCGUCGUGGCAGGAGCUUUCAUCAUAACAGUAGGUGGAUGGUUCAUGUGGCUGAGCUGCCUGUCCGAGACUUUCGAACCCCUGAUGGACACGUACCUCGUAUCAGAUACCUUCGUCCACAACUUUGGCGACACCCUGAUCUGGUGGACCCUCGUCCUGCUCGGCCUGACGUGUCUGCUCGUCCUCGAGCUGGUCGUCCAGGCCAUAAGACGGAUAUACUUCCCCACCGAUGUCGACAUCAUGCAGCGGAUCGAGAAGACGCAGAGGAAGAAGGGGGUCAGCGUAUGUGGUGCUGCCGUCGCCGAUGAAGAGCCGGAGGAUGGUGCGGCAGCGUUCAAGCCUGAAGAUGAGGAUCUCGAACUGCAGAAGAUUGCUAAUCCGGGGGGGGAUCCUGCGCCGCUGCAACAUCAGACUACCUUGCAGAUUCCCGAGCAUCGACACGGUUGA